UCCAUAUCAUUCGCUCCACAUUACCCAACCUUUCGUUUCCACCUAAUACCUCCUGCCUGUAUACACACAUGAGAUCGACUUCCCAAUCAAUUUUGGGAGCUUCCUAUUUGCCGCCCUUUUGUUCAGCACAAGCACGGCUGCCGGCCGCGUCAAGCGCGACGGCUCAGCCAAAGUCAAGGGAUACUAUCCCACCUAUAAUUCCGAUGCUCAACCUCCUUCUAAGAUUGAUUGGGCUGCAUACACCGAUGUUCUCUUCUUCAUGGUGAUUCCAGAAGCCGACGGCACCCUGUCCUUUGACCCCUCACUCACUAGAUCCCAAGGUCGAAAGUUGGUGAAGGAAUUUGUCGAUGAAGCUCGCAAACACAAAGUAAAUCCCCUUAUCAGCACGGGUGGUUGGACCGGCUCACGACACUUUUCGAACCUGACUUCGAGUGACUACUCUCGCAAGCGAUUUGCACAAAUCCUCGUCAACUUUUCCAAAAAGCAUGGCUUCACUGGAAUCGAAAUGGACUGGGAAUAUCCUAAUGGUGAGGGCAUUGGGUGUAACUCUCGUCGUCCAGCUGAUGUGAUCAAUUUCGGCUUGCUCGCCAAGGAGAUUCGCACUCUAUGGCCUGAAGUUGAGCUCACCGCAGCUGUAGGUGUAACCGGCCUGAUUGGCGCCACUGGGGAGCCUGCCACACCCAAAGAAACUGCCUUCUUGACCGAAAAUCUAGACUUCAUCAACCUCAUGGCCUACGACGUCUAUGGCUCGUGGUCUGAUUCGACUGGGCCUAUCGCUCCAAUCAAAGGCACAUGUGCCGGAGCCGGCGCUGACCAAUCCGUUGAAACCGGCUUACAGGUUGCACUGAAACAAGGCUUCAAGGCAUCUCAGAUCCUCUUGGGCAUUCCGGGCUACGCCAAACGUUUCCAGCUUCUGUCACCUAAGCUGUUGCCCAAGACUGUCGGUAAACAAACCUCGUUCUACUACCAAAAGAAGAGCGACGUCACCCCGGCUGGAGGUAAAUUCGACGACAAACCAGGAAAAGACGUCUGUGGUAACCCCCAGACUUGGGGCGGGUCGUUCCUCGUAACCGAGCUCAUUAAGAACGGAUGGUUGUCCAAGGACCAAACCCGCGGUCUAGACGGAUACAAGCGGGUUGUUGAUGAGUGCAGUGGCCAGCCCUUCCUCGCCAACGAGAAAUACCUCAUCUCAUACGACGACAAAGAAAGCACACUUGCCAAGGCCAAAUUUGCCAAGCAAAACAAAAUGGGAGGUGUCUACUUCUUUGAUACCAUGGGCCCCACCGAUGAAACUGUCAGAGCGACUCGGAAGUUCCUCUCGGAAUAAAUUCCCCCAACAAACGAUUGCUGAAGUGAACAGCCCAUUUUUCACACUUACGAACCGUUGAAUACAUAGUAGCCAUCAUCUUGUCACGCGCCAGAACUCUCUUUCAUUUUCGAUUAGUUUCUUGGACACAUACUACUACUACAUCCUGCAAGCGUUAUCAUUGUUUCCCUUUUUUUUCCAGCGGAGACACUGUUUUUUAUCGCGUUUUUGUUCCUCUCACCCACAGACCUAUGCAGUCAUAAUACAGACAUUUUUCCAUCAACACUGGAACCGUUGAAUAAUCCAUUAAAAAUGAGCGGCG